AUGGAAUGCCUCACAGAGGAUCCUACGGAUGAUUGCGACAUGGCGCAGCUGGUGGGGUAUUUGGCUGGCCUUCUCUGUGGCGUCUUCAUUUGCAGCUGUGUUCUGUCCGGCUGCCUCUUUUAUUGCCGCUGGAAGAUGCGAACGCCUGAUGUGGGAGCCAUCACCAUGAGAACUUCGGAGGGCAGAACACAGGACGUCAAGUUCCAGAUCUGGAAAGCUAAACCAGGUGCCUCUGCCUCCGAACAGGACCAACCCAAGGUGGGCAAGACAACUUCCUUGCGGUCGUCCACAAGCAGCAAGUCCCAGGGGAAGACCGUCGUGACUUGGAACGUAGACGCGCGGCAGACCGCUGGGCGGAGCUUCAUGUCCACAGGAAAGGUCAAGAUGACUGCGAACGCUCCAGAAAAGGAGAAGCUGCGGAAACAGGCGACCCAGAUGACGAACAAUCCAAAUCUGGUGGCCCAGGGAACGCUGAGAUCCAUCUCUUCCUUCCCGACCAUGCCGACCGGGUCCGGCUCGCCUUCGCCGCGAGAGCCCGAGAAGGCACCGAGCCGGUGGAAGGAGCGAGCCAAGAGCCUCGCGAAGUCGCUGACCGGUCUCUCCAUGUCGGUCCGGCAG